CUCAGGUUCUAGGGUUUUUCUUUUCUUCAUGUUCCUCCUGCUAGGUUGACAGCUAAUUAGAAACGCCGUCAAGAUCCAUGGGAACACAACUUGCUAAGAAGAUCACUUGGGCGAUUAAGACUUUCUCAUCUUCCGAAACUGGGAAAAUUUGUUCUGAUCAAUUCGUCGUCGGUGGAUGCAAGUGGCGUUUAAUUGUCCAUCCCAAGGGAAAUAACGCUGAUUAUUUGUUCAUGUAUUUGGAAGUAGCUGAUUAUGAAUCAUUGUCACCUGGAUGGAGAAGACACGUUUGUUAUCUCCUCAAUAUUGUUAAUCAAAAUGCUGUUAAACGUUCCAAACAAAACGAAGAAGAAAAGUGGUUUGAUGCGCGGUCUCCCCGCUGGGGUCGUCUGUCCAUGUUUUCACUAAAUGAAAUCAGUGCCAGAGAUAGCGGAUUCGUGGUUAAUGGAGAACUCAGAAUUGUUGCUGAGAUAGAUGUUCUUGAAGUUAUUGGAAGCUUAGAUGUAUCAGAGGAAACUUCAACAAUUAUGGAAACUACGGAUUUUAAUGGCUUUCAACUUCUUCCCUCACAGGUAAGAAAUUAAGAAUGCUACAAACCCUUUUUUGUGUAAAACUGCUCUCUUGAUACUUGUGUUUUCACUCUCAGGUGGGAUUUGUGAGCAAUAUCUUUGAAAGGCACCCAGAGAUUGCAUCUGAAAUGCGUUUAAAGAACCCAAAUCUUAGGACAGGUUACAUGAGUUUGUUACUCAGUCUGAUUGAGACUCUGCGCCAGUCCCCUAACGAGCUCCACAAGACUGAGAUAGACGAGGCAUUUGCUGCACUCAGAUCCAUGACUGAUGCUGGAUUUAAGGUUGAUUGGUUGGCGAAGAAACUUGUUGAGCUGUCGGAAAAGAAGCAGAAAGAGGAGGCUGGUGG